CUUUUUCGUCUUAUCUGUUUUCGCUCUGUAAAUUUUCUGCGCUCCAACUUCGCCAGUCGCCGCCACUAAUGGCUUCCAGAGCGAACUUAAACUGCCCGCUGUUUUUCACCGGAGCCGCGUCCACCACCGCCGGAGUACGCCGGAGUAUAUCGACGGUAAGAUGCGGGCGACGGGACAAGCGUCCACCGCUCCUAAAAGGCCGAAUUCUAAGCACCGAAGCAAUCCUGGCCAUCCAAUCUCUCAAACGGGCCUACCGAACCGAUCCUACGAAUAUUCCGACUCAUAUCCUCCCUCGCCUCAUCAAAUCCGAUCUAACCUCGGUGCUGAAGGAGCUCCUGCGCCAGGAACAAUGCGUCCUCGCCGCCGAAGUCUUCUCAACCGUCCGAUCGGAAUACGGCGCCGACCUCAACACGUACGCCGAGUUGGUCGCAGCGUUGUCGAGGAACGGCCUGGGUGAGGAAAUCGACUCUUUGAUUGAUGGAUUGGAAAAGGGGGAAGGUAUUCAGUGGGACGAGAAGCAGGGGCUGUUGACCCUGGUUAUGGCGGUAAUUGGUGCAGAAAGGAAGGAAUCAACGGUGAGGAUUUACCAGAUGAUGAAAAGGAGCGGCUGGGGAUCGACCUACGAGAUCGAUGAGUACUUGGGGAGGGUUUUGGCCAAGGGUUUGAGGAGGUUCGGUGAAGAGGGAAUGGCGGAUGAGAUUGAUCAGGAGUUACGAAGGUUGUAUAAACCUAUAUACGCUCAAACCUAGGAUUUGAUUCUAUAUCUGUGUGUAUACAUACUUACAAUUGAUGAAUUCAGUUAACGAUCAUAUGCUUAGGCGCCAUUGUUGGGAAGAAAUUUGAUCACCUCUUUUGAACUAGAUCGAAGUUCAUCAUAGUUUUAGCCACUUCGAAUCUUUCUUGUGUUGUGCUAAAUUUCAUAGUUUCAUUUCAUAUUUGCCAUUGUUGAUUA